AUGCCAGCCGCAGCUCGAGGGGGCGGGACAGGCGAGUUUGCUAGUCCCGCCCCCGGUUUGCUGGACGGCCCGCAAGGAUUUGAAACCGUUUGGCUGUGGCGGCUGGGCGUCGGCGGCCGAGUGGACGGCUUGCUGGUUGGGGCGCCAGACAGGAUUAUGGAAACAGGAAGUGAAGAAGAAAAAUGGGAGAAGCUAGAUGCAGAAUUUGAUCACUUCGUGGUAGAUAUGAAGCCCUUUGUUUUAAAAUUACCCCAUAGGUCAGAACGGCAGAGGUGUGCUCUUUGGAUCAGAAAGCUGUGUGAGCCCUCAGGAACAGGUGCAGGACUCGUGGGUAGGAAGAAUCGAAACCUGUAUGCAAAGCUGUUACUGCAUAUGCUUAGGCGAGGAAUACUUGAAGGCCCUUUUACACACCGCCCUGAGCCAGGAACGCUGAAAACAUUGCCAUCAUACAUGGUGUACGGGAGAGGUGCACGUGUGCUGUUGUCCUCGCCAUGGACCAUUCUGCAGAUGCUUGUGAAGAUUGAUAUGCGUGGCAAAGAAGGAUUCAGGAUAGGUUAG